AUGGCUCCACCUCGUAGAAAUCGUGCGCCGAGGUUCGAUUUCGACGACGAAGAAGCAGAACGAGAAGAGCAUCAGCUCGACCAACUCUUGCAAGAGUUCGAGAACGAGCCGGCGGUUGUCCACGACCAGGGACCGAUGACGAAGUACAAUAUCAGGCAGUAUAGGUAUGAUAAAGACAAGAUUGGUUUCGAUUGUCUGGGUUUAGAUGGCAAUGAAGAACCUUGUCAUUGGCAAAUUUAUGCUUCGAUCCUUCCUAAAGAUAAAAUCUGGAGAGUUAGGAAGUUUAUAGAAGAGCAUACAUGUGAGAGAAAUGGAGUGUGUGAGAUGGUGAAGGUCCCUGUGAUAGCUAGGUUUUUUGUGAACAAGAUCCGUGAAGAACCGGAAUAUUAUAUGCCAAUGAAGAUCGAACAAUUGAUGAAGGAGGAUUGGGGAAUUUUCGUGUCUAGACCUCAAUGUCAAGCUGCUAGGAGGACAGCUUUGAGGUGGAUUGAAAGUGAGUAUGAGUAUCAGUUUGCACGUCUUAGGAAUUAUGCAGCAGAGAUAGUAGAGUCUAAUCAAGGCUCAUCUGUGGAAGUGGAGACAUUCCAGAAUGCUGCAGGUGAAGAAGUGUUCCAUCAAUUCUAUGUUUGCUUUGACGUCCUUAGGAAGACAUGGAAAGAGACUUGUAGACCAUUAAUAGGGCUUGAUGGUUGCUUCUUGAAAGAGAGAGUGAAGGGACAGUUGUUGGUUGCUUUAGGUAGAGAUGCAGACAAUGGUAUCUAUCCAAUCGCAUGGAGUGUUGUAGAGGUGGAGAAUAAUGAUAAUUGGCAGUGGUUUGUGAAGAAUCUCAAGGCGGAUUUAGAUCUUCAAGAUGGUGACGGAUACAUCGCUGUUUCAGACCGGCAUCAUGGAUUAAUCAGAGCUAUCAAGAUAGAGUUACCUAAGAUAGAGCAUCGGAAGUGUGUAAGACACAUCUAUGGGAAUUUGAAGAAGAAACAUGGAGGCAAAACACGGAUGAAGAGCUUUAUAUGGAGACUAGCAUGGAGCUACAAUGAAGCAAAGUUCCAAGUCAACUUGGACAGAAUCAGAAACUAUGACACUGGUGUCUAUGAUGAUGUUAUGGCUACAAGUCCUAGGAGUUGGUGCAGAGCUUUCUACAAGCUGGGACCUUGCUGUGAAGAUGUUGAAAAUAACUCGACAUAG